AUUCAAUCUUCCGUAUCCGUAUUUACAGACAAGGUUCGGCGAAUGAUGUAAUACAACGCGAAAUACCAACUGCAUAACAUGCUCUACGUCGGUAAACAGUAAACACAUUAAAAAUAUUCGAAAUCGCCAGAUUUAUGUAAUAAUAACUAUUAAUUAAUACAAUAGAACUGUGGUUUUAAUACCCGCCCGCGUUGUGUUUUCUUGGAUAUCAUAACCUUUGCUUUAGCUCUCUCAGACAAAGCAAACUCCCGAGCAGCAAGUGCAAAAUUUCUCAUAAUGCGCAAUUUCUAAAGACGCAAAGCUGCGUUUGAACUAAAUUUAGACGAAUUGAGAAAAGAAGAUAGAUAGUUAAAUCAUCAAGUCACUGCGAUCGAUAGUGAAUUAUGUGAAGGAAGAGUGCGUUAAAAAAGUUGUAGAUAUGACGUGGAAAAGGUUCAAUAAAUAUUUUAAUGAUUACUGCGAACAUUCUAGUAUUAUUGGAUGCAAUUAUGUGGCAGAGAAACGGUCUAGGACUGAACGAGUACUAUGGAUCGUCCUUAUUGCCAUAGCAAUAGCUCUAUCAGUUUACUUUAUUUUGGAACAAUACGAAAAAUAUGAUGAAAAUCCAUUUAUAGUUAGUUUGGCAACGAGGGAGAGGCCCAUAUAUACCAUACCAUUUCCAGCUAUAACCAUUUGUCCGUUCACAAAAGCAGACAAGAAUAAAUUUAACUACACAAGUGUUCUUAAUAGACUUUGGGACAAUGAAACAGUUUCUCCAUUUGAAAUGCAAACCGCCCAAUAUAUGUCAUUGGUUUGUGAAGACAAUAGCAUUGAUGAUGAGGAUACCAUUAACACUCAUUUGUUAAAAAACGAAACUUUUACAAAUCAUUUCUAUGAAAGACUUGAUGAGAUUGAAACCUUAGAAGAACUGGUAGAUGACUUUAACUGUGACUUCAUGGGCGACAAUGUAGCUUCUUUUAAUUGCACUAAUAUUUUUACUCCAAUAAUCUUGGAUGGAGGUAUAUGCUAUACCUUUAAUAUGUUAAACAGAGAAGAAAUCUUCAGACCUAAAGUGUACCAGUAUAUGCAUACCCACGAAGUAAGCUUGGAACCUAAAAGUAGUUGGAGUGUCGACGAUGGAUAUUCUGAAGGUAGUGGAAAAAAUGCUUAUCCAAGACGAGCGCUACAAUCAGGUGCAGAUAAUGCAUUGCUAGUGAUGUUGUUAGCAAAAUCUCAAGAUAAUGAUUAUAUAUGCAAUACCGAUGUUGGAUAUAGUAUAUCGGUCCAUUUACCGAGUACCAUUCCACAGACAAAAAAGGAUUUCUAUAUUCUUCCACUAGACACAAAUUCACAAAUCAUUCUUCAGCCAAAUUUAGUCACAACAUCCAACGCUGUCAAAAAAUACAAGAUAGAGGAUAGACAAUGCUUUUUUAGUGACGAGAGGAAUUUGGAAUAUUUCGUAACCUACACUCAGGAAAAUUGUUUUCUCGAAUGUCUCACAAAUUAUACUUUGAACAAAUGUGGAUGUGUAAACUUCUUCAUGCCUCGUGAGAAUACAACUAGCAUUUGUGGAAACUCAAACAAAAAAUGCCUUGAUGACGCAGAAAAUGAAAUAAAAGUCGUCGAAAUAGACGCCCUUCUUGGAAAGGGCGAAAAAUCCCGUUGCAACUGCCUUCCACUUUGCAAUCAACUCAAAUAUCAAGCCACUACAUCCAGAUAUCCUUGGAAAUGGAAAGAGUUUUUCCGUGCUCAUAAAAAAUUGCAACAAGCGUUAAGGUACGACGAAAACGAUCUACAUAAAUGGCACUACUCUUCGCUGAAGAUCUUCUUCAGCUCCGAUCAGUUCCUACCAUCCGAGAAAAACGAGUUAUACGGAAUAUUCGACUUUAUCUCAAACUUCGGAGGACUCUUAGGACUUUUUACCGGCUUCUCUCUUUUAACUGCGGCUGAAAUUGUCUAUUAUAUAACUAUUAGACUGUGGUAUAACAAGAAAUUGUAUAAUGACAUAUCGGGACCACCAGACGAAGAUUGAUUUUAGUUUUAGUUAUCUAAGAUUAAGUUGUUAAACUCGGUUCGCUCAACUGAAAUUCAUUUUGACAGAUUCAGAGUAGGAAACAUACACAACACAAAAAUUUCUUCCUCGCACUAUUAACAGCUGAAAUAAACUUACUCUUUCAUUAAAAAAGAAGAAUUAUUGGAAAUAGUGGGAGUGUAUACUAAAUUCGUACAAUUUUGUGGAAUUUAUUUCCUCAAAAUUAUUUUUAUUUUGUACAAUAAAUAAUUUUCGCAUUUGUUAUCAAUACCUUAUAUUCAGGUUUAAAUAAAUAAUUGAUUGCCUUAGAUUUAUGUCGGUUAUAUUAUAUUAAUAGAUAAUACUGGCUAUGGUUUUUAUUUAGCACCUGUAUUUGGUUUUAUAGUAAUUAGUCAUUUCCAGCCACGUCUAGUCUGUCAAAAUGUAACUAAAUUCGCAAAAAUAAUUAUGUACUAAAAUUACUAGACAGUUGUGUCUCAGAUUAGCGAACCGACUAUAUUGGUGAUACAUAAUUGAUAUUUUUUUAAUUUGUUGUUUGGUCAGACACAAAAUUUGAGGAUGGAUUGUUGAUUAAUUUUGACAAAUUAAAAUUACUGAAUUAUUAGAAA